AAACAAAAUUUGAUUUUAUAGCUCUUACUCUUAUCUAAUUGAUAAGAUAUAUUUAUUUUAUGACAUGGUUCUAAAAAGAUGUAUCAAUUACAUACUUUUCGAAAGAUUUUUUUCUAUUUAUUUAAGUGCAAAGGACUUUGGGAUUGAUAGUCAUUAACACUAGCACUUUAUACUUACCUUAUUUCACUUAUAAUCCGUCACUUAGGACAGAUCGGUUGAAGACAGGAACAAACUGAAAAUGUCAAAAAAAGUAGCCUAUGUUGAAGAUAAGUUGGAUUAUGAAUCUGAUAUUUAUAGCAUAUAUAGAAAAGAUACACCAGAAGAAAUUAUGUCAAAGAUAAUGCAUUUCUUGAAAGAAAAGCAUGAAGGCUCCUUGGAUAUUGCUGUAGAUGUUGGUUGUGGAUCAGGUCAAAGUACUAUUGUUCUAGCACCAACUUUCAAAACAGUUUUUGGCAUUGAUGGUAUCGAAUCUCAAAUAGAAGAAGCUAACAACAACCGGAAGUCCAACAAUAUAGUUUACAAAUGUGGUCCUGCUGAAACCUUACCUUUUGAAAAUAACUCUGUUCAACUAAUAACUACUGCAACAAGUCUUCACUGGUUUGAUAUGACUCUAUUCUUCUCUGAAGCUAAGCGUAUACUUUGUAAUAAUGGGGUGUUGGCUGUUUAUGGAUACUCACGUAUAAAGCCAUCUAUGAGUACUCCAGCUCUUGACCAAAAAGUUAAUCAACUUUAUGACUGGUUUUAUGAUGUAUUAGACCCAUAUACCAAACCACAAGUAAAGAUACUUAUCCACAAAUAUAACAAAGUAGAAUUUCCAUUUGAAGAAGUUGUGAGGGUUCCAGAUGUACGAUGUAUGAUUAAAGGUAGCUUGUCUGACAUAGUUGGCUAUGUAAAGACUUACUCCAUGCUUAAUAUUUGCAGAGAGCAAGAUCCAGGUAGAGAGGUUGAUAUCUUAUCAGAAUUUGAAAAAAGAUUGUAUAAAAUUGGAGAAGAAGAUAAUAUUACUCCAAAUGAAGUAACAAAUCUGUAUAUAGAUUAUGUUUUGAUUCUCUGCAGAAAAGUAGUUGCACAAACUGUACAAUGAUGUUUCAAAUUAUAUACUUCUGCUUCAAUCAAACACAGCAACAAAACAAACAAAAUUUAUUUGAUGUAAUUUUUAAAAAAAUUCUUUUAGUUGAAAUGUUAUAAUUUGUUGUUGAUAAUAAUUUUGUAAAUAAAGGUUAAAUUUAUUAGCAUUAUUCCUGUAUGUCUAUUCAGGUAAAGUGUUAUGUUUGAUUUUGCAUCUUAACAAUUUUUGCUAAUAAUUUUUUUAUUAGUAAAAUAUUGGGUAACUCUUUUUAAUCAUAAAAAUUGCAUUUUUGUAAGUCUGAAAAUUGUACCACUAAAUCAAGUUAUAUUCAAAAUAUUUUUAUUAUUAUUAUUAUCUGAGCACUUCAAAAUGAUUUUUAAAGGCUUUUCUUGUUCAUUCAAAUUAAAACUUUUUCCUCUUCAGUAGUAAUAUGUAUAUUUUAUUUGUAUGCAUUUUAGCUAUGCGAAACAAAAUGUUUAAAUGAUACUUGUGAUUAUGGAUGUGACUAUUAUAGUGAUGGGACUAUUAUUACAGUGAUAAAAAAAACAUCUAAAAAAAUUACAAAAUUAAAGCCAGUAAAAAUAUAACCAAUACAAGUUUUUUUUUUAUUAGAUACUGUUUUAUUUUUUAUAAACUAAUUUAAUUUCAAAUAUUUAUAUAAUAUUUACUUAUUCCUUUUUAACUUUAAAUAUUUAUUUAUAUUGUAAGCGAAGCAUCAAUCAAAACAGUAUGAAAUUUGAAUUAUAAAAAAUAAUACAUUUUAAAUAUAAUAUACAUAUAAAUUGCUAUAGUGAAACAAUUUAUUUGAAGCAGGUUUGUGUCUAAUAUUGUUGUAUGACUUUUUUUAACAGUUUCGCUUAAUAAGAAUUUCACUUGUUUAAUUGAAAUGUUAUAUGGAUUUUUUUUAUUUUCCUACAACAUUUGUGUUGCUUCUUUUCAAUUUUUGUUUUACCUUAAUGUUCUAUACUAAAUAACCUUUAUUUAAAAAAUGUUAUAAUAAUAGUGAAUUUUUUUAAUUUUCAUUCCAUUCAAAUACUAUAGUUUGAUUUAAUUGGAAAAUUUUCUAUUAAAGAAUGUAUUUCAAUAUUCA